AUGGCCAUCGCUCGCCCCGCCAGGGCCCUGAGCCUGGCUGCCAUCGUGCUAUGGUUCUUCUUCCUUUGGCAGAUCUUCCACCCGCCGCGGCCAACAGAUCAAUGGGCCAAAUGGCGCAUGGAGCACGACCCCAACCUGGACCCUACCGGCGAGCCCGAGGGCAUUCUUACACGUGCCGGUCCAGGCUACGAACCCGGCCCCAAGGGCACCGCCCGCAUCAACGCUACCCUGCUUGCUCUCGUGCGUAACGAGGAGCUUGAGGGUAUGCUUCAGGCGAUGCGCGAUCUUGAACGUACCUGGAACCGAAAGUUCAACUACCCGUGGACCUUCUUCAAUGACGUGCCGUUCACCGAAGAGUUCAUGCGCAAGACUCAAGCCGAAACCAACGCCGAGUGUCGCUACGAAGUUAUCCCGAAGGAGCAUUGGGAAAUGCCGAGCUGGAUUAACAGAGAGCUGUUUAAGGAAUCCACAAAGCUUUUGAAGGAACAGGGCGUGCAGUAUGCCGACAUGGUGUCAUAUCAUCAGAUGUGCCGCUGGAACUCGGGCAUGUUCUACAAGCACCCCGCCCUGGAACACGUUCAGUACUACUGGCGCGUUGAGCCUAAGGUGCACUUCUUUUGCGACAUCGACUACGACGUGUUCCGCUACAUGCGCGAUAACAACAAAACCUACGGCUUCACUAUCAAUCUCUAUGACUCUCCUGAGUCUAUUCCAACUCUGUGGCCCGAGACCCUCAAGUUUCUGGCUGAUCAUCCCGAUUAUAUCCAUCCCAACAAUGCUAUGGAUUGGUUGACCGACAAGGUCCGCCGUCCCGACCACAACGAGAAGGCCAACGGCUAUUCUACGUGUCAUUUCUGGAGCAACUUUGAGAUCGCCGAUAUGAAUUUCUGGCGCAGCAAGGCCUAUGAAGACUAUUUUAAUCAUCUGGACCGGGCUGGUGGCUUCUUUUACGAACGCUGGGGCGAUGCUCCUGUCCACAGCAUUGCUCUUGGUCUGUUUGAGGACAAGAACAAGAUUCACUGGUUCCGCGAUAUCGGCUAUCAGCACAUCCCCUUCUUCAACUGCCCCAAUUCGCCCAAGUGUAAGGGCUGCAAGACCGGCCUGCUCACCGACGGCGAACCCUUCCUCUACAUGGAGGACUGCCGGCCGAACUGGUUCAAGUAUGUUGGCAUGGGCUGA